AUGAAGAAGAAAUCUCCAUCUGCAAGAAAGAGCAGGAAAACCCAAAUGCUCUCCAACACGGAAUUGGAUGCGGCCUUGCAGCUGAUUCAACUCAGCGGCGAUUCCGACUACAGCAAAGAAAACCACGGCGGCGACGCCACCAAAUCGGUGGAGCAACACCGAGAGGAAAGCGUAGGGGAUUCUAAUGAAAUUUCAUCCAUCUUUAUCAGAGUACUGAAGGCGUACCCCAAAAGAAAGAGGAGAUAUAGAUCCAUUGUUGAUCUAUACAACGUUGCGAAGAAGCCCGUGAUCAUCAUGAAGAAAUUCAGGAAUUGA